AUGGCCACGCUCCAGCUCCCCGGCACGAGCCGGCGCUUCGCCGGCCAGAACAAGGUCCACCGCCAGUGGAGUGAGGGCGUCCAGCGGGUGACCUUCACCCGCUGGGUGAACUUCCGCAUUUCCGCGGCGCCGGCCGCCACCGCGCCGGCCGCCGACGGGGCGGAUGACGAUGUCUCCCCCGAGCUGGCCCCCUUUGAUGACAUUGUCGUCGCGCUGCAGGAUGGUACCACCCUCCUCCGGAUCAUGGAGCCGAUCAUGGGCGAGCCGAUGCCGCGCCCGGACAAGGGUCAUAUGCGCUUCAUCCACACGGGCAACGUGGAGAAGGGCAUCCACUUCCUGACGACCAAGGGCAAGUGCGAGGGCAUCACGCCGGAUGACAUUGUCAAUGGCAAUGCCUCGGUCACCAUGGACCUCGUGUGGAACAUCGUCCUCCGGUCCACGGUGGACGGGAUCACCUUCGGUGAUCACACCGGCAAGGAGGCCCUCCUUUCGUGGGUCCGGGACAAGGUGUCGGCCUUCGGCCUGUCAGGCCUCGUGGAGAACUUCUUCAAGAGCUUCAAUGACGGGCACCUGCUCGCGGCCCUUCUGGACACCUAUCGCCCGGAUCUCAUCAGCUACGAGUCCAGCAAGUCCAUGACUUCGAUCAUGGCCACGCUCCAGCUCCCCGGCACGAGCCGGCGCUUCGCCGGCCAGAACAAGGUCCACCGCCAGUGGAGUGAGGGCGUCCAGCGGGUGACCUUCACCCGCUGGGUGAACUUCCGCAUUUCCGCGGCGCCGGCCGCCACCGCGCCGGCCGCCGACGGGGCGGAUGACGAUGUCUCCCCCGAGCUGGCCCCCUUUGAUGACAUUGUCGUCGCGCUGCAGGCCGACCUCCUGGAACGCGUGUUCACCAUCGCCGAGGGCCUCGGCGUGCCGCGACUCCUGGACGUCAAGGACGUGGCGGACUUGGAGAAGUCCGACGAGCGGUCGCUGGUGACCUACCUGUCGGAGCUGUUCUUGGCUCUGACGAACACGGCGGCGGCCGCCACGCAGGCGGCCCUGGCCCUGGUGGCCGGGCAGGUGCAAGCGGCCCUGGCGGCCGCGGCCGAUGCCCAGGCCCAGGCCGACGCGCUGAUCCUGUCGGCCGGGGAAUUUGUCCAAGCGGUCGAGACCGCCCGGACCACCCGGUAUGCGGACGAAUCGCUGGCCGAGGAUCUGGCAGCCGUCGGGGCCACGGCCCUCGGGUCGGCCGCCAUCGGGGCCAUUCUCCAGCGGGAGGCCGCCUGCUUCGAGGGCCUGCGUGCGCACUACGCGCGUCUGGUGGCCGGGCAUCUGGUGCUUCGGUCGCGGAUGCAGGUCCUGGGCCAGGACGAUGACGGCGCCGCCGGGCAGGCGGCCAUGGCCAGCACGCCGGCCGGCCAGGAGCGCCUGUCGCUGUCGAGCCUGAGCCGGCUGUGGAACUGGCUGGAGCUGUCGUACUGCCGGCGCACCGGGCGCCUGAUGCAGCUGGCCCGGCUGCUGCUGCUGCAGGAGGCCGAUUGCGCCUCGCUGUCGGAGCACCACCACCGGGUGGCCGACUGGGCCGAUGCCAUGGAGGCGCGGCUGCUGGAUGCCCCGAUCGCCGGGGUGGCCCUGCGCGCGGUGGCCGAAUCGGCCGCCUACGACGCCCUGAUGGUGGACUACCUGGACCAGGCCACGGUGACGGUGGCCCGGUCGGCGCACAUCCAGGCCUUGGGCUUCGGGCUGGACCUGCCGGAGCCCCUGCGUCCGGGGUUCCUGCGUGAUCGGGCCGAUUCGCUGGCCCUGCGGUGGACUCGGCUGGAGGCGCGCAUUGCGUCGGCCGCCUCGGAGGCGGCUCUCUUCGGGCAAUUGGCCGCCCUGCGCGGGCAGCUGGACAGCACGGCCCAGUCGCUGGAGCAGGCCCUGGCCCAGGUGGAUCAUGUGGCCUCCUCGACCUCGGGGCUGCUGCAGCCAUCGGCCGGGGCGCCGAUCGUCCCGCAGGCGGACAUCCUCUGGAGCCAGGGGCUGACCCUGCCGCAUCAAUUGGCCCGGUCGUAUUGCGAGCUGUCGCUGGCCCGGCUGCUGGCCUCCAAGCGGGUGUCCUACCUGUCGGAGCUGGUGGGCCGGUAUCAGGAUUUGUAUGCCACCUCCUCGGCCGGGGGCAGCGGGUCGGUGCCGCUGUCGCCCGGGGGGGCGGCCGCCGCCAUGUCCCUGGCCAGUGGGGCCCUGCUGCUGGGUCCCGGGGCCGGGGUGGGCGACUUGCCGUCGUCCGACAUGCAGGCCCUGCCGGUGACCGAGGCCUCGCGCAAGCGCCUGCACGCGGAGCUGACCGAGCUGGACACCCGGCUGCAGGAUUUGCUGGAGCACCAUGCGCAGUUUGCCGACCGGCUGGCCGGGCUGCCGAGCCUCGGGCCGGCCAUCUGCUUCCAGCUGUACCAGGACCAGUUGCUGAUUGAGCACCAGUGGCUCGGGGCCAUUGGGGACCUGUUGCCGCUCUUCCGUUGGAGCCAGCCGGAUUUGCGUCUGGUGACCGGCCUGGGGGCGGCGGCGGCGGCGGAGCAGCAGCAGCAGCAGCCCGGGCCGGCUUGGCGGCUGCUCUACUCGGCGGCCGAGUCCCUGACGGAGCCCGGCUCGCGGUCCUUCUACAUCGGCGAGGCCGAGGUCCGGGCGGUGCCGGGGCUGCUGCCGUCGCCGGCCGCGGCCGGGGAUGACCUGGUCGAGGCGGCGGUCGAUCCGGAGGUGGUGCUGAUCCAGCUCCGGCGCCUGCAGACGCUGCUGCGCCUGCGGCAGACCCAUUCCGAGCAGCUGGCCGCCGUGCCGGUGGACAUCUUCGCCGGGCCGGAGGCCGAGGAGCUGCAUGUGGCCAUGCAGCGGGACUAUUCGGCCCUGGCCGAGCGCGGCCAGCGUCUGCUGGACAAGCUGGCCCACCUGACCGAGGAGGCGGAGCGUGCGUCCUUGGUGAGCAGCUUUGCCGGGCAGCUGCUGGCCUUCGGGGCCGAGUCGCGGCACCUGUGCACCCUGCUCGGGCGCUUCGGGGCGGUGUGCUCGGCCACCGGGGCGCUGGCGGUGCCGGCCGACAUGGCCGAGCGCCUGGCCGGGGAGACCGGCCAGGGUGCCCUGGCCACCGCGCUGCCCGGGCUGGAGCGGUCGCUGGCGCGGCUGUUCCACCAGGUGGCGGCCCUGCACCGGCGCCUGGACAUGGAGCAGUCGACCGCCCCGGGCGGGGGGUCCCUCCUGUCGGAGGCCACGCUCGGGGAGCUGCGCCGCGCGGCGGCCGCGUGCCAGGCCGCGGCGGCCGGCCAUGCGGCCUCGGUGCUGCAGCUGCACUGGACGGCCACCGGGCCCGGGGCCGGGGCGGCGCUGGAGCGCGCGCUGGCGGCCCUGGCCCGGCUGGCGGCCCUGAAGCAGCCCUCCGAGGAGACGGUCUUGGAGGCGGUGCGCGGGCUCGGGCUGGCGGCCGCCGGGUCGGUGCCGGUGCCGGCCCCGCUGGAUCCGGACGCCGGGGCGGCCCUGGGGCUGGUCCUCGGGGAUGUGGACCAUUUGCUGGCGCUGGCCGGGGCGCUGGCGGUCAAGUGCAAGCUGGUCACCGGGUCCGAGGACCGGGUGGCGGUGUCGCCGGCGGCGGCCGGGGCCCUGGCCAGCGUGGAGGCCUUCCUGCAGAAGGCCAGCCAAAUGGAAGAGGUGGCCCGUUCGCCGACGGUGCAGGCCGCGCUGGCCAUCUGCCUGAAGCGCCUGGCCCCGGGGCCGAGCCCGGGGCUGUUGGCUUCGGCCGGGGCGGCCGGUGCCCUGGGCGAUGGUGCGCCGGCGGCCGGCACGUCGGGCAUCGACUCGGCGGCCGUCACGCCGACCGCCCAGGUGGGGGAUAUGGCGGCGCCGGACCAAUCGCCCGAGUCCCUGGGCGCGGUGCCGAUCUGCCUGUCCCCCGGCCCGGGGGCGGCCGAUGACUUCACCCUGGUCGGGGUGGCCGGUGCCGGGGAGGAUGUCACCGAGGCCAUGCACGGGUAUGUCGGUCAGCUGCAGGAUUUCCUGAUGGAGCUGAUCGGGGCCCCGGUGUCGGCCCUGUGGCUGACGACCUCGGUGCUGGUGGGCCCGGCGGCGGUGGCGGCGCAGCUGCUCCAGCUGCCGGUGGCGGCGGCGGCGGCCACGGCCACCGGCGACGAUGGGCAGCAUGUGUCCUCGCUGUCGGGGGACCUGCUGCCGGCCGAGGAGGAUGCGUCGUCGUCCGGCUCGCCGGCCGGCGGCCCGGUGCUGUUGAGCCUGGCGUCGGUGGCGCCGUUGGCCAUCGCCGCGUCGACGGCCGACGUGCGGCUGCACCGGCUCAACCGGCUGUAUGGGCUGCUGCAAAUGACGCAGCAGCUGUGCGUGCCGUUCCCCGGGCCGAGUGGCGAUCUGGGGGACACGCAUGUGCUGGCGCUGCUGGCGUCGAGCAUGGGCCCGAAUGCGACGCCCCCGCCGCCGGGGGCCACGGCCGGGGUCAUUGUCCCGGCGCAGCAGGUGGUCUUCGAGCUGCUGGCAUCCAACAUCCUGGGCCAUGUGUCCAAUGAGUUGGUGUCGGCGGUGUCGGCUUGCCUGCAUGCGGAGGAGACCCUGAUCGAUGGGGCCCAUGGGCGGCUGAAUGCCCUGGAGGGCGACCUGUUCGAGGUGGACGCCAUCCUGUCGUACCCGCUGGAGCUGUCGGGCCCGGGCGACGGGGCGACGGCCGCCCCGGCCGAGGAGCGCCUGGUCACCCUGGCGGGGGAUUUGCGCGCGCUCCAGACCCGGAGCUGGGCCCUGGAGUGCGAGCUGUUGGCGCACACGCGCACGCGCAUCCGCGGGCUGGUGGGCUUCGGCCUGCAAAUGAAGCAGGCCCUGCAGUCGUACGGCGACCAGGUGGAGCGGGUGGCCCCGCUGGCCGGGGCGUCGAUCUUCCUGCUGGCGCGGGAUGCCAGCGGCGGCGUGGCUGUCGGCGCACCGGCCGGGGCCGGGGCCGGGGCCGGGGCCGGGGCCGGGUCACUGGGCUCGCUGGCCCCGGGGCCGGCCGGGGCGUCCGGCCGCAAGGGGUCGCUGCCCGGGUCGCUGCCCGGGUCGGCGGCCGGGUCGCAGGUGCUCUUCCCGGCGGCCGAUGCCGGGGAGGCCGGCGAGGCGAGCCCGGCCCUGGCCGGGGGCCCUCUCGAUGCCGUGGGCGGGUCCACCGCCAGCGGGCUGGUCAUCGCCCCGGCGCCGAUGAUCACCUCCCUGACGGAUGUGCUGUGCGCGCGGCGGGCGGCCGCGGCCGCGGGCGCGGCCGCCGGCGGGACCAAUGCCCAGCAGAUCAACAAUUUGCGGUUCACGGCCACGCGGUUCUGCGCCCUGCGCCAGGGGAGCAGCACGCUGACCGUGCGCCUGCUGCAUGUCCUGCGGCUGAUGGAGGACAUGCACCGGAAGGCGGCCCUCGUGUUCAGCCAUGUGCUGGAGGCGCGGUGGCUGGCGGAGUCCUGCCACAGCGUGUCGGCGGUGCUGGACGAGUCGCUGCCCGGGUCCUUCCCCUCGGCGCUGGGGUUCCCGCGGGGCAGUGACCUGUCCGGGCGCGGGUGCCUGACCCGGCUGUGGGUGCCGCUGUCGAGCCUGUUUGUGGAGUCCCCCUCGCCGGGGGAUCUGCUGGGGCCCCUGCGGGACUUUGCCACCGGGGUGCUGGCGCCGGAUACGAGCCUGCGCCAGCGGGCCCUCCUGUCGGAGGCCCAUGCCACGGACAUGGCCGUGCAUGCGCAGUAUUUGGCCAUGCUGGCCGGGCAGUCGGCCAACUUGGAGUCGGCCGGCGACCGUGCCGGGCUGGUGGGCGGCAGUGGGUCCGAGUCGUCGGGGCUGCUGCUGUCGCCGGGCAGCAGCGCGGCCGGUGCCGGGCCGGUGGCCAGUUCGACCGGGUUGCUGGCGGCCGGUGCCGGGCCGGCGCCCCCAUCGCCCGGGCCCCAGGCGGCCGGGUCGGCCGGGGCGCUGGCCUCGCCGCCGACCACCCCCCGGCAGGAGCGCCAUGCUGGUGUGGCCGCGGCCACGGCCACGGCCAUCCCCAGCGUGUCGUCGCCAUUGGCGGCCCAUUCGCCGGUGACGGCGCCGGUGGCCGGGGCCGGGCUGGGCGACUCGCCGGCCGGGUCCAGCCCCGGGGCCGGGGCCGGGUUGGCCAUGUCCUCCUCCGGGUCGGGCUCCUCGUUGCCGGGCAUGGCCGGGCCCGGGGCCGCCAUGUCGCUGUCCCUGGCCCCGAGCCAGGAGCAGGCGCUGGUGAAUUUCGUGACCUCGCUGCCGGGCAUGACCCGGCGGCUGGGGACCAUGCAGGCCGAGUGUGCCGGGCUGGUGGCGGCCUUGCGGUCGAAUGUCAGCGGCCCGCCGCUGGCGGUGCAGCUGGGCAGCGACCGGCGCGCGGUGCUGGUGUCGCUGCAUGACCGGCUGAGCCGGACCCUGUCGCGGGCCGGGUCGGCCCUGGCCCUGGGCGAGACGCUGCCGCGGUUGUCGUCCCUCGCGGCCGGGGGGCGUGCCCUGGCGGCCGAGUCGCCGCUGCUGCACAGCCUCGAUGAGCAGCAGCUGCUGGACGCGCUGCUGGAGCUGGACUCCGUGGCGCAGGACUUCUUCGCGGCGUGGGCCAUCUUCCGGGAUGUGCUGCCGGCGUCGUUGCCGGCCUCGUGCCGGCUCUUUGCGCCGGUCACCAGCGCCGAGGAGGGCCCGGAGGGGGACCCGGCCGGGCUGGUGGCCGCCCUGCCGGAGCCGCUGCACCGGGCGCUGGACAACCUGGCCGUGCCGCUGGACGCCGGGCAGUCAUUGGUCCUGACUGUCGGGGAGCUGGAUGCGGCGCUCGGGUUCCUGGCCGACCGGUGGGUGGCCGUGGGCCGGGGCAUUGCCGCUGCGCGGAGCCAGCUGUGGCAGCGCCUGGGCCAUGCCUUUGAGGUGCGGUCCUCGACGCUGGUCCUGGCGCGGACGUACUGCGAGUUGGAUUUGCUGCUGGCCACGCUGGAGCCCUUCUACCAGCCGAGCGGUGGCGAUGGGGGCGACGGGCACCCGGAGGACGGGCCGGCCGGCGGCACGGUGCCGAUCCUCCGGUCGCCGGCCCCGCCGCUGGCCGGCCCCGGGGGCUACUCCUCCUCGGUGCUGUACAACACGUCCCUGGCGUGCGGGUCCUUUGACAGCCUUUCCUCGCCGGGGGCGCUGACCGGCAGCGGGUCGCACGAUUCGCUGGCGGUGCCGGGCGGCUCGGGGGCCCCCUCCGGUGCCGGGGGGAGUGUCUCGGGCCCGGCCGGCCUUUCGGCCCCGGACCAGGGGGCCGUCGCCGGUGGCGGUGGCGAUGUCUUCGGCCUGGCCGAGGCGCCGGCCCUGGCGCGCAUGAUCCCGCUGCCGGUGCUGCAGCAGGCCCUCCUGCUGGGGGAUGGGGACUUGACCGUGGCCGGGCCGCUGUGCCCGAUCAGCGCGGUGUCCGGCCGGUCGCUGGUGGCCCUGCUCCGGCACUUGCUGGAUCAGCAGAAUCACCUGGAGCGACUGCUGGCGGUGCCGGAGCUGGCGCCGGCGCUGGCGCGUGGGCUCGAUGUGCCCGGGCUGCUGGCGAAGUUUGUGCCGGUCGACACGGUGGCCAUCGGGGCGCGCAUUGCGGCGUACCUGGGCUUUGUGGAGGACCAUGCGGAUGUGUCGGAGUCGUGGGCCGGGCGCGCGGCCGACCUGGCGGCCCUGCUUCGUUUGGUGGAUGCCGGCGACGUGCCGGAGGAGGCUGACGACCCGGCCGGCGGCGAUGUCGAGGCCGAUGCCGCCGGCGCGGCCGGGGGUGCUCCCCCGGCCGAGGCCGAUGUGGCCGAUGUGCCCGGUGAUACUCCCGGUACUCCCGGUGAGGCCGAUGUGGCCGAUGUGCCCGGGGAGGCGGUGGCCGACGCGGGCGACGUGGCGCCGGAGGCCGUUAUCGCGGCCGAGCCGGACACCGCUCCGGCGGAGGCCGGGGCCGAUGAGGCGGCCCAGCCGCCAGCCACCGGGGCCAAGUCCCCGAGUGACGGGCCCGCGGCGUCGCCUGCGGCCUCUUCCUCGUCCACCGCCGGGCGCAGCCCCCUGGAGCGGGCCUUCCUCACGCAGUGGGACAGCUUGCAGGCCGGGCUGGCCGGGCUGGAGGCGCUGGUCCUGCGGGGCCCGGCCGGCCCGGGGGCCCUGACGCAGGGCUGGCUCGACCAGGCGUCCGGUCAGCUGGCCGCCUGCCAUGCGGACCUGUCGCGCAUCAUUUUCAUCAUCUCGGCGGACAUCCCGGUGGCCUCGUCCGGGGCGUCGUCCGGGUCCGGGGGCGGGUCCUUGCGGGCGCACCAGCGGUCCACCUCGUCGACCAGCAUCGCCAAGGACAUUCCGCUGCUGUCGGCACCGCCGGCGGCGCGGCCGCUGCUCGGCCGCGGGGUGGCCCCCCUGACGCGGCUGCCCUUCCUCGGGGCGCCGGACCGGGGCCUGCUGCGGUCCUUCAUGCUGGCGCAUGAGCCGCGGCUGCUGCUGAAGCUGUGGGCCGCCAGCGAGGCGCUCUUCGCGCUGAAUUGGAUCCUGCGGUCGGUGGCCGACGGGCUGAAUGCCCUGGCCCGGGCCGGGGGGGCGUGUCGUGCGCGCACCGUUGCCCAGGUGGCCCCGGUGGUGGGCGGCCGCGAGGCGGCGGCCACCGAGGCCGCCCCCCCCUCGCCGGUGGUGGUGACCGCCACGGCCGAGGUGGAGGAGGAUGCCCAGUCGGCGGCGGCGGCGGCGGCGGCGGCGGUGCUGUCGGCGGCGGCCCUGCCGGAUGGGCUGCUGGCGCGCGCCAGCCCCGAGUGGGUGGCGGCCUUCAAUCGGUUCUCCUGCGACGAGGCGGAAGUCGGGUAUGCGGACUUGCGUGUGCUGCUGGACGAGCUGGACAUCAGCCCGGAGGCCUUCCUGGACGAUGCGGCGCAUGUGGCCGUGGAUGCCGGGGCCGAUGCCUUUGGGUUGUUGCUGCGCGCGUUGGACCCCAACCGCACGGGCAUCAUCUCGCGGGAUACCUUCCUGAAGUUUGUGGCCGCCACGCGGUCGCAGCCGGCGGUGGUGAUCCCGGUGCCGGCGGACUUCCAUGCCGGGGCCGGCAGCGGCAGCACCAGCGCCAUGCACCUGCCCUCGCCGACGUCGGGGCUGGGCGGCAGCGCGGCCGGGGUGUCGGUGUUCGCGGCCUGCGGGCCGGGGCAGGCGGAUGACUUCCUGGCGCCGUUGGCGGCCGGGUCGCUGGCCGGGGCCGGGCAGCCAGCCGGGCCGGCGGUCGGCCUGGCCCGGCGCCGUGGUCAUUUGGAUGUGCUGCUGCUGCUGCUGGUCCGGCCGGGGCUGCUGGCGCGAACGGGCGUCUCGAGCCUGGAGGACCUGCGGCGGCUGGUGGCCGAGCAUGACACGGCGGCGGCCCUGGCGGCCGAGCAUGGCGAUGAGGCCGGCGGCGCGGGGGCGGCGGCCCUGCCGACGGCGGUCCCGCUGUCGACCGUGGAGUCGAUCUUGCGCGAGGAUCCGAUCGCGCGGCAGGUUUGCCGGACCCUGGCGGCCGGGGGCUCGAGCCUGACCUUUGCCCAGGUCGGGGACUUUGUCUUCGGGGCCGGGGCGCGGUGCACGGCGAGCGCGGAGAAGCGCGCGCUGGGCGACCUGCCGGCGGCCACCGGCCGGGCCGAUGCCCCGCCGGAGGUGUGGCUGGCGCGGGGGAGUCUCCUGCGCGUGGCCGGGCUGCCGCUGUUGGGCAUGCUCCCGCCGCGGGAGGCGGCCCACGCCGACGGGACCACCACCAUCCGGGUGAAUGCCGGCCAGGCGGGCGGGCACCAGCGCACUCGGUCGGCCGGCGGGCCGCUGGCCGCGUCGUGGCCGACGGCCGCCGUGGCGGACAUCCACCUGCUGGGGCUGGCCCUGGGCCAUGAGAAUGGACUGCUGGCGCUGGAGCAGGUGCUGGCCAGCAAGGCCCUCCUGCGGCAGCGCAUUGUCCAAGCGUCGCUGCAUGGGCUGGGCUUCGAGCUGGCGCAUCUGGCCCUGCCGGAGCAGCUGGCCGAGGACCCGGGGUCCGGCAUGGAGUUGAUGCUGGAGCUGCUGGCCUCCACGACCGAGGACCAGCCGCUGAUCAGCCCGCACUCGUUGCCGGACUUGUCCCUGCUGCAGGAGGCCCUGGGCAGUGUGAAGAGCCCGCAUUCGGCGGCCGACCGGGCCGAGCUGCAGUACCUGCUGGUGGACACCAACCUGGACCAGAGCUACUUCCUGCGCAUGCUGGGCCUGGCGGUGGCCUACUUCCGGGACCGGUACACGCUGUCGGUGGCCACCUUUGCCGAGCGGUCGCAGGCGGCGGUGGCCGCGUGUGUCGGCAGCGACCUCCACCUGCCGGGGUAUUUGCACGCCUUCUACCUGGCGUGGGAUGCCCUGAGCGAGUGCACCGGGCUGCUGGAUGCGCUGCUGCCGCAAAUCGACCGGGCCCUGGUCCCGCCGAACCCGCCCCCCCGGCCGACGAUCUACCUGGCCGGCGGGGCCCACCCGGAGUCCGGGCGCCGUGGGGCCGGGGGCUCCUCGCACUCGGCCGCUUCGUCCAGCUCGUCGACCCUGCGCAGCAUGGUCUCCGGCGGGCGGAAGCUCUUCCGGGCCAUGCGCCCGGGUGGCGGCGGCGGCGGCGGCGGCGGCGGCGGCGGCAGCAGCACCGGGCUGGCGACCCCGCCACGCCCGGUGUCCGGCGACUCGUCGGCCUCUUCGCCGGUGAUCACGGCCGUCACGUCGCCGGCCGGUGCCGCGGUGCCGGCCAGCGCCGGCCCCCCGGCCGCGCACCUUCAGAGCCUGUCGCCAUCGGCCAGCGGAACGGACCUCCUCGCGGCGGCCACGCUCAAGCAGCCGAUCGAGCCCUCGGCGCCGGACUUCGUGCUGAUCAACGACCUGGAUGUCCCGCGCAACACGGCCUUCGCCUCGUCCUCGAAUCUGUUGAUGAACCCGCUGGCCACUGCCGGCGGGGCCUCGCCGGGGACGGCCUCCUCGCCGGGAGGCACCGCCGCCGCCGGGGGCAAGAAGCCCCGGAAUGGCGGUGGCGCCCGCCGCUGA